AGGCGUUUUCCGCCUGCUUUUCUCGCUGCCUUUCGUCAGCGUACACAAACACACCAACGAGGAGAGAGCAAUGAAGAGGCAAAAUAGCACGGUGUCAUCGUCGUCACGCCGAGAAAAUGCGCCGGAGAUGAUUCAAUCCAAAGCCAUUGGCUGCAUGUCCGGCAUCAUCCAUCUCGUCUGCAAGCCUCACUCCUCUCGCAGAUUCCUCACCUUCGGAAAGAAGCAGAUUAAGAAUGAGAGUUCAUUUCCAGCAAAAGCAGAACUGCCAAAACAAGCUCUCGUGGAAGAAGGAGAAAACUUCAAUGAGGUCAAACCCAAUGCUUGUCUCAAUCCCAUGUUGUCACGCGAAGCACCAAGGAGCCCCACUCUUCCUGCUGAUAUUCGCCGAUCAAAUCCUGCGAAAACACCGGAGAAUCUCAGAACUCCGCCGGCGCUUGUGGCGAGGCUGAUGGGAUUGGAUGAGGGUCCGGCGGCGACGAAACCAGAAUCUGUAGCGGAUAAAAGAGAAAGGCUGUUGAAUGCGCUUCAGAAAUGCGACGAAGAUCUAAAGGCACUAAAGAAGAUCAUCGAGGCCGUACGAUCGGCAGAUCAGCAACGAACACCCUCGCUGGAGGUGGUAUCGAAAAACGGGAGUUGCUUUGAGGAUAAAAUCAGAACGGUAACGGAAGUUAAUUGUUCGGAGUUUAAAGGCGAGCAGCAGCCAAGUCCAGUGUCCGUGCUCGAUGAGGUGACUCGGUCCCCUGUGAGUUUCAGGAAUUACUCGCAACAACAUUCAAAUCAAAUUGGGCGAGUGCAGCAGCAGAAGAUACAGCUGCAGAAGAAGCCAGGAGAGGAAAACACAUGUUUCUACGAGAAAAUUAUGACAAGCGAGUUGGUGCAUAAGAAAGUGAAGGACGAAGAAGAGGAAUCGGUGAUGUGGAGCAAGAGGGCAAUGAUAGAGAGUGUGGAGGAAGUGUGUAGGGACAUUGUAUGGGGAGAGAAGCGAGAGAUUGGAAGAAUAGGUUUGGCUUUACAUGAUCAUAUUUGCAGGGACUUGAUUGAUGAAAUUGUUCGAGAUUUGGGUUGUUGUUGCUUUAAUGACCUGCCCUUCGAGGCCUGUAAGAGAAGACUCUCUUUCUGAUUUUUGUCAAUAAGGUAUUGUUUUCCUGUUGAUUA